GAAGCCCCUUGCGUUAGCAGUAGCAUGCUAAUGUUGACGGUGGAUGUAUAUACUGUAUGUAUCGCUGUGGCUCGCGGAGAUUUUUUCCUUCAACCGAACCAGUUUGACCCAGAACCGGACCCAGAAGGAGAAGCUGCUGAAGAAGUCCAGACUCUGUGGCUGCAGCAGGACGUUUCAGAAUGAGAGACACUUGUCACUUCACUGCCUUCGCCUGACGCCGCGGUGCCAAAGACUCUGAACAAUGUCCGCUGGACCGAGAGCCAGUUGUUCCAAAAACAAAGCCUGUCGCUGUGAAGGAAACAGUCUGAGGCUGUUAACCCGACUGUAUUCACACUGAAGACUGAAGCUGCCCUCUCUCUAACAGCCAGCAGGGGGCGACUCAAAGGAAGCGACAGAUUACACAACAACGUAGCUGGAGGACGAGUCUCAGCUGAGAACAGAGCUCGGUGACGUCUGCUGUGGAAACAGAUGAAGAGUCAGAUCCAUCCACAGAUCAGUGUCGUCUCUGUCAGCUCUGAAUGUGACUGCAGCUGAUCACACGACUGCAACAACAACUAACAGCAACUUCUAAACCACACGAGGUCCUCAGACGUCUCAGGGUGACGGAGAGCUGUGGAGUAAAGGGGGAGGUGGUGCAAACAGUGAGUGUGAAGUGUGUGUGUGCGUGAGUGUGUGAGAGUGUGUGAAUGUGUGUGUGACAGCAUUCCUCUUCCUCUGAGCGUGUGCAGAAGGUGAAGAAGAAGACGGAGGCGAACGGAGAAGCUCCACCAGCUUGGAGAACCGUGUCAGCUCACCUCAGAGCUGCAUUCCCGUCCAGCAGCAGUGACUCACUUCCAGCCAUCGCAGCAGCUGCUGGAUCAUUUAACAGACGUCCUGCCUCAGACUCAGUCCUGCUGUUUGGAUCCGGCCCGUCCAGUGUUUCUGCAGAGACGACGCGCCGACCCACCGGCUGUGCAGGGUGUAGCUGCACAAUGAUGUGGGUGGAGGCAGACUGAAUGGAAAUCUGAACAGUGAGGCCUUCAUCCUCCAUCAGCUGUGGUCUCAACUUCACUUCAGAUUGAAUCCUUCCACCUGAUCCUACGCAACAAGUAGAUCCAAGAUGGCUGCCAUCGGCGUGUUGUUGCUGCUGGCGGUGGCGUCCGUCUGCAGAGGGAGUCUGGUUGUGGUGAACUCGGGGGUGGAGGUCGUCAGGGGCAGAUCAGCGUUCAUCACAGAGACGGCGCUGAAGAUCAGCGUGGAUCCGAGCACAGACUGUAAGGUGGAGGUGGUGAUGAACGAACCGGUCACUCAGAGAGUCGGGAGGCUGACUCCACAGGUGUUUGACUGCAGCUUCCUGGAGGACGAAGUGAAGUACGUCCACAACGGCAGCCCUCAGCUGGACCAGGACUCAGUGAUGCUGAGAGUCUACAGGUUCACGUCCUCGGACACGCUGGUGGAGACGGUGGUUGUGCCGGUGCGGGUGGUGGACUCGGACGUGCCUGGCGUGGUGGAGCUGGGCAGCGCCCCGCUGGUGGUUCCUCAGUUCUACGGUUUAUCCAACACCAUCGACAGCUCCGUCCUGAACAUCCGGACCAGAGCCGACCUGGUCUGCACCGUCAGACUGAUGACCACCGACACCAGCGUCCCCGCUCUGGGUCAGCUAGUGAAGGAGGAGGACGUCACGCAGAGGAAGGGCAGAGAGACGGCGCCGCUCUGUCCCGGGAACAAACCGUGUCUUCACGACACCACUGAGGUUCAUUUCCUGAAGACCGGCUGCCAGGACUUCCUGAGCUCCGGUCUGAAGUACCAGCACCUCAGCCCUCCAUCGCCAGAGAUCGACUACAUCCCCAUCAGGGUGGAGCUGAGGGAGCAGGCCACCAGGGCGCUGCUGGAGGCAGAGUCAGUGUGGUUGCCGGUUCUGAUCCACGGUGCGAUGCAGAACCAGCCUCCCCAGGCCGCCUUCAUGGCCUCCUUCAUCCUGGAGGUGGACCAGUUCAUCCUCACCCCCCUCACCACCGCAACCCUGGACGCCAAGGACCACGAGACGCCGCAGGAGAGGCUCGUCUUCAACGUGACCGCCCCGCCCGCCGCGGGCUACAUCGCCCACCUGGACGACCACACCAAGCCCAUCACGUCCUUCACCUGGCUGGACCUCCAUGAGAUGAAGGUGGCGUACCAGCCACCCAACAGCAGCCAAUCACACCGCAGGAACUACGAGAUGGAGUUCCAGGCUAUAGACGGUUCUUACAUGAGCAGCCCGCCCAUCAUGGUCCACAUCUCCAUCAGAACAGCUGAGACAAACGCACCCAGAGUCUCCUGGAACAUGGGUUUGGACCUGUUGGAGGGUCAGUCCCGACCAAUCACGUGGGAGGAGCUACAGAUAGUGGACAGUGACAACGUGGAUGCCGUCUACCUGGUGGCGGUGGACGGACCUCUGCAUGGACGCCUCAGUGUCAGAGGGGGGAAGGCGUUCAUGUUCCGUGUGCGGGACCUGAGGGAGGGCGUGGUCGUCUACCAUCACUCCGACAGCGACACCACCCGCGACCACAUCGUCUUCCGCAUCAGCGACGGCCGCCACAGCAUCCGCCACAAGUUCCCCAUCAACAUCCUGCCGAAGGACGACUCCCCGCCGUUCCUCAUCAACAACGUGGCGGUGGAGGUGCAGGAGGGCGGAGCCGUGAGGCUGGAGGAGUACAUGCUCCUGGCCUCCGACCUGGACUCCAGCGACGACUACAUCCUCUACCAGGUAGUCUCCACCCCCCGUGUGGGGCAGCUGGUCAGGAAGAGCUCCGCCCACGAGACAGGAGCUCCAGUGGACAGUUUCCUGCAGAGAGACCUGAUCCAGGGUCAGAUCUACUACCAGCACUCAGGAGAGGAGCAGUUUGAAGACUCGUUCGACGUCACGCUGUCCGACAGCCACCAGCCGCCCAACCUCUCCCAGACAUACACGGUUGUCCUCCAUGUUUUCCCGGUGAAGGACCAGCUGCCGCUGGAAGUGUCGGGCAGCGUUCGCUCUCUGACGGUGAAGGAGACGGAGGUGGUUUACAUCACCCAGGCUCACCUCCACUUCACUGACAGAGAGCAUCCGGACACAGACCUGACCUACGUCAUCACAACGCCCUGCUUCAGCCCAUUGCAUCCUGGGCUGAUGGACGCAGGUCGUCUGUUCUACACCGACACCACCAGCGCCAUGAAGAAAGACCACAUGGUGCCGGUGCUGAAGUCCUUCACACAGCAUGCAGUGAACCACAUGAAGGUGGCCUUCAUGCCUCCUGUGGAGGACGUCGGCCCGGAGCCGCUCUUCGUCCAGUUCGUCUUCUCCGUCAGCGACCAGCACGGAGGCUCCGUCUCCGGCCUCCUCUUCAACAUCACCGUCACCCCCGUGGACGAUCAGGCGCCAGAGGCGUUCACCAACCUGCUGCGGGUGGAGGAGGGUGGAGGGGCCUUCGUGACGGAGGAGCACCUCCUGGUUCGGGACCGGGACAGUCGGGACGAGACGCUGAGGGUGGAGGUUCAGAGGACACCUGGCCACGGCCGGCUGGAGCUGCAGGGCCGGACUCUGCAGCAGGGAGACGGGUUCAGCCUGCAGGACCUGAGAGGACUCCGGCUCAGGUUCAUCCACGACGACUCUGAGACGACCGAGGAUGAAGUGGACCUGAGGGUGACGGACGGUCUGAACUCUGCCGACGUCGUGCUGCUGAUCCAGGUUCUGCCGAUGAACGAUGAGCCUCCUCAGCUGGGUGGAGGUCUGCGGGGGGAGCUGAGCUGCGAUGAGGGGGGGCGUGUCCAGGUGACGGUGGACUACCUGUCGGCCACAGACCGAGACAGCGACGACUCCAGACUGACUUACAUGCUGGCCCGCAGCCCGGGCCGAGGGGAGCUGCAGAGGGCCGGACUGAGCGUGGACAAGUUCUCCCAGCAGGACCUGCUGCAGGGACACGUCUACUACGUCCACACAGGAGGAGAGAUCGGACCUGAGCCGGUGUUCGACACCGUCACUCUCAUCAUCUCUGACGGCGAGGCAGGUGGGAUGGAGCACUGUUGUCACGGAGACGCCCCGCCCCCACCCGUGCCUCUGCACGGCACACUUCCUGUUUACGACCUGAACAUCACUGUUCUUCCUGUCAACAACAAAGUCCCCACCGUCAUUCUGGGUGAGUCCAUGCUGGUGGUGGACGAGGGCUCCUCAGCCUGUCUGUGUCGGGGGCUCCUGGGGGCCUCGGACCCCGACAGCCCCCCCGACCAGCUGACCUUUCACCUGGAGACUCCUCCUCUGCACGGCUUCCUGGAGAACACGCUGCCGACGCCCGGAUCUGAGAAGAGCAACGCUGGAGUCCGAGUUGAAUCCUUCAGUCUCGUCCACUUGACCUCCGGUUACAUCAACUACGUCCAGUCCGAGAGCAAAGGGGUGGAGCCAACAGUCGACCAGCUGUCCAUCAGUGUGAGUGACGGGCUGCAUCGCUCUGCCCCCAUCCCCGUCUACAUCAUCAUUAAUCCAACCAAUGACGAGACGCCGUCACUUCUGUUCGCUAACUUCACGGUGAAGGAGGGCGGGAUGAGGGAGCUGACUCCGUCCGUACUGAACGGCUUCGACCUGGACGCCCCGCUGGACGUCCUGACCUUCACGGUGGUGCAGCCGCCGGCUCACGGGCGCCUCAUCAACGGCAUCUACGGCACCGAGAUGAGCCGCUACAAGGAGAUGGGAGCAGACCUCCUGCAGAGGAGCCUCCCCGUCACCUCCUUCACCCUGCAGGAGCUCCGGCAAGGGAUGAAGAUCGUGUACAUGCACGAUGACACAGAAACCCUGAAGGACGCCGUGGCUCUGCGGCUGACAGAUGGCGUCCACACAGUCGAGGGGGCGGCUCAGGUCACCGUGCUGCCGGUCAACGACGAGAGGCCGCGACUGCUCAAAAACGGCGGGUUGGAGGUGAACUCCGGUGAGCGCAGGGUGAUCUCCAGCGUGGCUCUGGAGGCCGAGGACCUGGACACGCCCCCAGACCAGGUGUACUACUUCCUGAACGCUGAACCUCGCUUCGGCAAACUGCAGCUGAAGACGGAGUCGGGGUGGUCCGAGGUGUCGGCCGGACAGAACUUCACUCAGGACGAUGUGGAGAUGAACCGUCUGUGGUACGUGCACACCGCUGCCACCAGCGCUGCCGGGUUCAAAGGUCACGACAGCUUCCGCUUCACCCUCAGCGACCUGGACAACGAGACGCCGACGCAGAGCUUCUUCAUCUCGGUCCACACUGUGCACAAAGGUGACUUGGUGCUGUUGAGCAAGGCAGUGCAUCUGAUGGAGGGACAGCGGGUCGUCUUGAACACCGACAUCCUGCUGGCGUCAGACUCGUCCGGUCGUCCGGAGGAGCUCGUCUACACCGUGUCGGUCCCGCCUCGGCACGGCGUCGUCCACGCCGUCCAGCAGCCCGGAGUCCCGCUGACCGCCUUCACACAGCUGGACGUCGCCGCACACCGAGUGUGUUACACCCACGACAACAGCCACCACGCAGAGAGCGACGCCUUCAGUUUUGUCGUCACAAACGGCGACUCGUCCCGCAGUGGCACCCUCCACUUCACCAUCGAGCACGGCGACCGCAUCCCGCCCACCCUCCACCACAACACGGGCCUCCGGCUGCAGGACGGCUCCACGGAGACCAUCGGCGCCGACCAGCUGCAGCUCACCGACCCCGACACCGUCACCGCCAACCUGAGCUACGUCAUCACGCAGCUGCCGCGCUACGGUAAACUGCUGCUGAGAGGAGUCCCGCUGUCCCCGCCGCUCAGCUUCACCCAGACGGACGUGGACGAGCUGAACCUGGCUUACCAACACGACCCGGGCAGCCCGGCAGACAUCGACAGGUUCUACUUCCUGCCGACCGACGGGAGCAACAGAGGAUACCUGGAGUUUGGACAGCUGAGAGAGGAGCCGGCUGUGUUCAACAUCCAGGUGGAUCGGGUGGACCGGACUCCUCCCAGUCUGACCACCAGACGGAGUCCCAGCUCCGUGGUGGAUCUCGGUGGCGGGCGUUUCGGGAUCUUCAUCACCUCCAAACACCUGCAGGCCUCCGACCCCGACAGCCCCACAGAGGAGCUGGAGUUCUCCAUCACCAGAGCGCCGUACUUCGGCUACCUGGAGAACGUUCUGACAGGAGCCUACAUCAGAGGGCGUUUCACUCAGCGGGACGUGGACCAGCGAGCCGUGGUGUUCGUCCUCCCUGCAGACGUGGACGUGACGGCCGACAGCUUCCAGUUCCGCCUCGUCGACCCGGCAGGAAACACGGCGCUGCCUGAGAUACUGGAGCUGUUCUGGUCUCGGGUGGAGCUGUCGGCCACCUGCUACAGAACCUGUGAGACGGCGGGGACGCUUCAGAUCCAGAUCCAACGCAGCGGCAAGAGCGCCGACCCGGCGUACGUGGCUAUCCAGGUGGAGGAAGGAUCAGCCAGGCCCGGCAGAGAUUUCACUCACAGCACAGCCGCUCUGAUCCAGUUUGAUCCAGGAGUCAGUGUGAAGACCUGGAACAUUUACCUGAUAGACGACGGUCUGGAGGAAAACCACGAGACCUUCACUGUCACCCUGAAAACCCCCAAAAACGCAGUGCUGGGACAGAGAACGUCCGCGAGCGUCGAGAUCAUCGACCCCAGAGGAGGAAGGUGUGAUCCAGACGACCUGAGGGUGGAGGAGGACGAGAAGCGAUUCCCAGCUCCUCCUCCUCAUCCUCCUCGGCUCCCCGACCCUCCCAGACCAGAGGAGGAGGAGGACCCAGUCACCGACAUCGAGGCGGAGCUGGUGUGGGAGAACCAGCCUCACCCUCCCAGAGGAGACGUCCCAAACCGACGACCCUUCCUGGACUACGGAGACGGGGACCCACAGGACCAGGCGGCCCACAGCUACAGCCAAGUCCACUACAGGCAGCUGCCUGGGACCAGCACUGGGACCAGCACCGGGACCAGCACCGGGUCCAGCACCGGGACCAGCACCGGGAGCUCUGGGAUCUCUGGACACCGGGUCAGACAUGGAGGACUAAAGGUGCGUGUGUCAGGAGAGAGGAGGGCUGAGGAGAAGGUCUGGACGUUCCACAGUCUGACUCCUCUCCGGCUGGAGGAGGUGAAGCCAGGGGACGUCGGGUGGAGUCGCUCACCUCACAGUCGCCUCCAGCAGGAGCCCCCCGUCGACGAUCCUCCUCAGAUGGAUCAUCCAGAACCCCGACACCACCCGGAGCUACGCCAGCGCAAGACGGGGAAGUCGGUGAGCAGCUCGUGUGCUGACGGAUGGACUCACUACAGGAGACGCUGUUACAUCGUCAGCUCAUCUGUGGCGAGCUGGGCCAGUGCCGAGAGGACCUGCUCGCUGCUGUUUAACAGCAGUCUGACGAGUGUGCGGUCCAGACGAGACAUGACCUGGCUGUGGAAGUUUGCAGGGAGGAAGCCAUUUUGGAUCGGUCUGUCUGGAGGUCCGGGUCGCUGGAUGUGGGCCGAUGGUCGCUCAGUGUCGUUCUCCAGACUGAGGGGGGCGCCGCAGGGCCGCAGUGACGCCGACAUGGGCUCGGACUGCGUGCUGGUUGAAAACCCUCGAAGCUGGAUCUCUGCGAGCUGCUCCCCCGAAACUCAGCACACAUUCAUCUGUUCGUCGCCGGCUCACACUCACUGAGAGACACUCAGAGUAUUUACAGCUACAGGUCAUCACGACCUCCGUGAACGUGUUCAGAUCAUAUUUAAUGAUACACAAACAAUGCUGCUCUGUACAUUAGUUUUCAUAUUUUUGUCAUAAUAAAGAAUGCUGCACAAACUGACAAACAUGUCUAUAAAUUCAUAUUUAAUUAUUUUAUUUUAUCAGCAUCCCAAGUGAAAUAUCACAAACUGGCAUCGUUCAGGAAGCAGGUGAUUAAAAUCACCAAGAACAUCACUGACUUCCAUCUGCUGAGCAUCAGGCAGGUCCAGUGUCUGGAGGAAUGUAACUAAGUACAAGUACUCAGUUAAACACAAAUUUGAGGUACUUGUGCUUCACUUGAGGUUUAUCUUUUCACAACACUUUUACUUCUACUUCUGCUCCACUAUAUUAAACAUCACGCAUGAAGAAUUUAUAAAAUGUUUUGUCAUCAAUUAAACCACAAAACAGUUUAUACAAAUACAGCUGAAACAAUUAGACCAUUAAAGAAUAGUUUUUCCUGUAAAAAUUGUCACCACAUUUUUCACUGUUUUCAUGGACCAAUCACAAACCUCCCUCUGAUGGUAUCUAGGUCAAUCUGACUCUCCCUGGCAGGAAAGCAAAGGCCGUAUUGACAGUUGUCCUAGCCAAUCAUAUUUUGCGUAGUUGUGGGAGGGAUAGCUCGCGGGCCUUCACGAUUAUUCAUUGGAUGAGCCACCCGCGACCCGCGAAAAACACAAAGUUGAUGGUGAGCGAGCCAGAAGGAAAAAGACAACAAUAUGAAAACAGACGAUUUGAACCGAAGGAAAUGUUUGGAGUUAACUUUGUACGGAAAACUGUGUGGCUGGAAGAACUUAAAUUAAGGUUUAAAGACUGUCAAUUUCAAAGAAAAACUGAAAUUAUCCAGAAAAGUCGACUGUUGGCAUGAGUGAGCAGAGACAUUUUAGCUAACGGCUAAUAGCAGGGCUGUUAGGCUAACAGUCAGUAUAGCUAACGGGCGCUAACGAGCUGUAGCUUUCCUCUGUUUGAAUUCUGAUGCACUAGCAAGAAAAAGGGGCAGAUGUCAGAUUAACUACACGUUAAAUAGCAGCAGACUGGAUCGUUAACCUUACUCUUGGUUCAGUCUCAAUGGACAGAAAUUCUUCAUGGACCUGAAGUUAAAGGACAAACUGAACCAUCGAUCUUCCGGAUCGCAAGAUGAACAUCGUGACUUAGUCGUCUUCAUUUGGAACCAGGAGACCAGCUCCUCCUGACUGAAGAGCUUCAGGGCCUCAAUCUGCAGGAGAGGACAGAAGAGGUUAGAACAGAGACCAGAAACAAAGACCUGCACCCUCACCAGCUGUUAAGUUCUGUAGGGGCUUUCUACAGCCCCACAACCAUUACCAGACGUCAGAGUGUGUCGGCGUCUCACCGUGCUGGUGAAGUUUCCCUGCACCAGCCCCUCAGCGUACAGCUCCGCCUUCAGCCCGGAGACGAAGGUCAGGAGGUCGUCGACGGUCAGACCCUUCAUGACGGCCUGAUACUUCUGAAUGACCGACCAGCGACAGUGCUCCAGGAUCAACAGACGGACGUCCCUGAACAGACAGAAACAUCAGCCUGUUACAGAGUCUGUCGUGUGACACGUACUUGCCGAGUCGCUCUGGUUUGAUGAGGAUGUUGAAGUAGGUCUUCUUCAGCUGCUCAGAGAACAUGGUGAAGACGCCCGGCUCGGCGCUGAACUCUGCCAGAUGAUCCACGAUCAGCUUCAACAGCAGCUGGAACACCAGGAGGGACAAUGUUCAGGAACUCCUCUGACUCGCGACGCCAGCUGUCUACUGUUCUGUGCCGAGGCGGACUUAAAACGCAACCGGUGGGGGUUACCGGACGGCGGAGCAAAGCUGGAGCGGAGCUGUAACACAGCGGACACGUAUCUGAUGGAAUCUCAGGCUUGUGGUUGAAGCCCUUCAGCCGGAUCACCAGCCCGUGCUCUCCCGCCACCAGUUUGUACUCCAGCUGAGCCACGUCGGCCUCGUAGGCCGGCUCUGCCAGGUUGUGAGCCAAGAUGUUCACAAAGAUGUCGAACAGCACCAGACUGAAAGAGGAACGACAUGGACUCUUCUGGAUCAUCGGGGUGAUCAGGUUGAAGCGAAUAUAAGCUGGAAGACAGAAAACAACGUGACUGAGUCACCAGAAGUCUGAGAGUUUCCUUUGUGUUCUUAUUAAUAUUGACUGUUUCUGCUGAUAUUUAUCUCAGUUUGUAUUAAUUUACAUCAUCAAUGA